AUGUUGUCAGCUAUUUGGUUAUGCCUUUUAGUAAAAUGCCAUUUGCAUCGCAAUCUUAUUGCAAGCAACGAAUUUCCGGGUGUUUCAAUUAUCAAACCUCUUGUGGGAACUGAUGAAAAUCUUUUCCUUAAUCUGGAAAGUUUCUUCAAGCUCAAUUAUCCAAUGUAUGAAUUGUUGUUCUGCUUGCACAGUGAUAAUGAUCCUGCUCAAAAAGUUGUUGAAGCUUUAAUGUUGAAACAUCCUCAUAUCGAUGCUCAAAUAUUUAUUGGAGGCGAAGAUGUUGGAAUGAAUCCGAAAAUUAAUAACAUGAUGCCAGCUUAUAGAGCAUCAAAAUUCCCUUUAAUUCUUAUCAGUGAUAGCGGAAUAUACAUGAGAGAAGAUGCAUUGAUGGAUAUGGUUAUAGCGAUGAAAGAAGAUGUUGCUCUGGUCACUCAGAUGCCUUUUUGCAUGGAUCGUUUUGGUUUUGGUGCUAAUCUUGAACAGGUCUAUUUCGGGACUAGCCAUGCACGUAUCUAUCUUGCUGCGAAUUGUCUUCGAAUCACUUGCUCUACUGGAAUGUCAUCUUUGAUGCGAAAAAAUUGUCUUGAAGAAGCUGGUGGGAUGGAAAAAUUCUCCGAUUUUCUUGCAGAAGACUAUUUCUUUGGUGUAGCAUUUAAGAAAAGAGGAUGGAAAAUAACGAUGUCAAGUCUUCCUGCUUUGCAAAAUACGGCGAAUCCCGAUCCCAACAAAUUUCAUAGUCGAAUAUGUCGGUGGAUAAAACUACGUUUCGCAAUGUUGCCUCAUACGAUUUUAUUGGAACCUCUGCAAGACUGUUUUGUUUCGGGUCUUCUUGGAUGUGGUUCCAUUUUGAUUUUAUUACCUACAUAUCCUACUUUAGCAAUGUAUUUCUUCAUUUUUCACCUAAUCUAUUGGAUUGUUUGCGACUAUAUUCUUAUCCGAAUUGUACAGAAUGGGCCAUUACCAUUUUCUUUUGCACAGUUUCUCUUUGUGUGGUUGUAUCGUGAAGGAUCAGCAUUUCCAACGUGGUGUAGUGCCUUAAUCAAUCCGACAGUUAAGUGGAGAUCAAGUGCUUUCCGCUUACUUUGGGGAGGCCGAAUUCAAGAGCAAUCGCUUCCAGUAACAAAAUGGCUAAUACAUUAA